GCUGCCCGAGCGCCGCCGCCGAGGGACGUGGACGCUCCCCGGGAGGCGUCACUGCCCCACACUUGUUCCUCCGAAAAAGGAGGCGGGUUCCCCGCAACAGCUGUUUGCUCUCUGCUCCUGUGCGUUGCCAUUUCGGUUUAAAUGUCUAGAUAGAGUGACGGGGUGGCGCAGGAGCCUUUGCCUUUACCACGUGAGCGCCUGGAAACGCGCCCCGGACUCACCACAAACGACUCCCUUUCGCCCGAACCCCGCUCGAGGUCGGGGGGCAGCGAAGCCGCGCAGAAGCCGCGCGUGCGGAGCCCUGUCCCGGGGUGGAUCCCCGCAGAGGGGACGGGCUCCCCGCAGAGGGGACGGACGGGGUCGGUCGGUGCGGUUCACCGACGCCGUUUCCCGGGAGCUCGCUGCUGUGGUCUGUGCGCUGUGCGGAAGGUCGCUUUUUCAUUUUUUUUCUGUGCUCUGUGCCGUGUAAUUCCCUGAUUACAGUUUGAAGUCUGGAGAGGAGUGUCAGUUAGGUUGGCCACACUUGGGCAUUUUCUUUCGUUUGCGCUCAUUUUAAGGACGGGCACAAAAGGUGCGAUGACUCUGACUCUGAGCGCUUCGCCUCCCGUCAGGUGCGUUGAGUUCCUCGCCGCCGUUUAGACUCAGAUCUGCCAGGUUUGCAGGCGCCGCUCUGGAGGACCUCGGGAAGGCCUGGAAGAGAAGAAUCCUCUCUGUUUGCUAAACAGACUGCAAAUGGUGUGUGUGUUUAUCAUGAACCGAAUGAGCGCCCAGAGCAGUGGCUUCACGCAGCGCCGGCGAAUGGCCCUGGGCAUCGUCAUUCUCCUCCUCGUGGAUGUGAUCUGGGUCGCAUCCUCAGAACUCACCUCGUAUGUUUUUACUCAGUACAAUAAACCAUUCUUCAGCACCUUUGCAAAAACAUCGAUGUUUGUUCUGUACCUUUUGGGCUUUAUUAUUUGGAGGCCAUGGAGACAACAGUGUACAAGAGGAUUUCGAGGAAAGCAUGCUGCUUUUUUUGCAGAUGCUGAAGGUUAUUUUGCUGCUUGCACAACAGAUACAACUAUGAGUAGCUCUUUGAGUGAACCUCUGUAUGUUCCUGUGAAAUUUCAUGAUCUUCCCAGUGAAAAACCUGAGAACACAAAUACUGAUACUGAAAAAACUCCCAAAAAGUCUCGUGUAAGGUUCAGUAAUAUCAUGGAGAUUCGACAGCUUCCAUCAAGCCAUGCAUUGGAAGCUAAGUUGUCUCGCAUGUCAUAUCCUACUGUGAAAGAACAAGAAUCCUUACUCAAAACUGUGGGGAAACUUACUGCAACUCAAGUAGCAAAAAUUAGCUUUUUUUUUUGCUUUGUGUGGUUUUUGGCAAAUUUGUCAUAUCAAGAAGCACUUUCAGACACACAAGUUGCCAUUGUUAACAUUUUGUCCUCAACUUCUGGACUUUUUACCUUAAUCCUUGCUGCAGUAUUUCCAAGUAACAGUGGAGAUAGAUUUACUCUUUCUAAAUUAUUAGCUGUAAUUUUAAGUAACAACUGUUAUUCUCAUAGCAUUGGAGGUGUUGUGCUGGUAAACCUGUCGGGGUCUGAAAAAUCUGCUGGAAGAAAUACGAUAGGUUCCAUUUGGUCUCUUGCUGGAGCCAUGCUCUAUGCUGUCUAUAUUGUUAUGAUUAAGAGAAAAGUAGACAGAGAAGAUAAGUUGGAUAUUCCGAUGUUCUUUGGUUUUGUAGGACUGUUUAAUCUGCUGCUCUUAUGGCCAGGUUUCUUUUUACUUCAUUAUACUGGAUUUGAGGACUUUGAAUUUCCCAAUAAAGUAGUAUUAAUGUGCAUUAUCAUUAAUGGCCUUAUUGGAACAGUUCUCUCAGAGUUCCUGUGGUUGUGGGGCUGCUUUCUUACCUCAUCAUUGAUAGGCACACUUGCACUAAGCCUUACAAUACCUCUGUCAAUAAUAGCUGACAUGUGUAUGCAAAAGGUGCAGUUUUCUUGGUUAUUUUUUGCAGGCGCUAUUCCUGUAUUUUUUUCAUUUUUUAUUGUAACUCUCCUAUGCCAUUAUAAUAAUUGGGAUCCUGUGAUGGUGGGAAUCAGAAGAAUUUUUGCCUUUAUAUGCAGAAAACAUCGAAUUCAGAGCUUGACAAAUGGAACAUUAUAUAGCGAAGAGACAAUCUCUGGCAAGGUUUUGGAGAAAAAUGUUUCAGUGCCUAGUCUGAAAAAUAACAUUUUCAGUUCUUUGGAACUCUAAAAUAUAUUUUCCUCAUAUUGGUGUUCUUCAUUUUCAUAAUGAAGUUCUUUGCUAUAUAGCUGUGUACACAUCACUACAGUUAUAGGAAGUUUCAGUCCACAGUCUGUCUAAAGGACCACCUGCCUUAUACAUCUCAAGGAAUUCAGCUGAUGAAAUAAUCUGAACUAAUCAAGGGAUAAAAUCCUAAUGUUUGGAGAUUUUAUCUUCACCUAUUAUUUGUUAAAUGCUGGACUGUAUUAUGAAAAUGUUUUCAAGAAAUUGUUUAGUAUGUAGAUCAGUGUUUGUAUAGGUAAAAUGCUAAAUUAAGCUGCCUAUAAUAGGUACAGAUUAUAUUUCUGAGUUUUGUAGAAUAUUGCAAAUUAACACAAAAAUGUUUAAUUUAUGUGACAAGUAUAUUUACACAAAUUUGGUUAGACUUCAGAAAGAAUAUUUGAGAAAAGAUCUGGUUCACUUACACUACAUAUACUGUGUUAUCCUUUCAUAGCAUUAGGUGCCUUGUAUUUUAAAUCUGUGACAAACCAUGACAAAUUUUUAAAGGGGAAAUAUUGUAAAAUGAAGAAUCAUGUAUUUCUAAAGCCUGUAUUGCUGUAAAUUUAAUUGAUAAAGCUCUGCUUAAUUUAGAGUUUUGAAGAAAUAUUCUCUCUUCAAUUAAGACAUUUUCAUAAUGGAAUGACUUAAAUUGAAGUGAUAAAAGAGUAUUAUGAAAAUAAAGUGUUUAUAUAUAUGUGUGUAUUAUAGAUCUAUCAGUUGGUUUCUGAUUUUUUUUUCACAUAAAAAUGUGCCACAUUA